UCGCUUGCUGCGAUUGUUCGAACUGUCAACUUAAGUUGACCGGUACAUACGAAACAUAACCAGAAAAUCAUUGUUCGUUUUGCAGUGCAUUUCAAUGUUGUGCGUCUUUUCCCCAAAGCUUGGUGUUUAUAUAUGUAAAUAACCAUUAUAUCUGUAUGGUGUUGCAUUCGCAGGACCGUGUGCUGUAACUAAAGGACAAAAUAGACGAACGCACGUUUGCUUCCGUUGAGUGCUAGUGAUGGAACAUUCAGACGACAAUGCUUGGACAGGCAGAAACAUUUUCGCUCAUUUGAACGACUUCGAAGAGUCGCAAGCCGAAAAUAUUUUGGCGAGCAAUCACAGCCAAACGCCCAGCAGUCCGACUCCUCAGCCUGAGCCAGAACGCUCCGACAGUAGUCAUGGCAAAUCGUCAAAGGAAUCAGCAAAGGCCAAAAUCGGAAUUAAAAUACCGAAACUCGAGGGAACGAACAAAAACUAUGUGCUGCAGUGCGAGGAGGACAUGACCCAGGAUUUUAUGGACUAUCUCAAAGAGAUGUCGUUGUCAUUUUGUGCUGUCAGUGACACAGGAGGAAAGCCGACCGGUUCGUUUCAGAUCAAAUGCGAAUACUGCAAGGAGGUAUUCACAACGGAAGAUUUUGAAUGCCAUCAGUGCGAUCUGUACGAGGACAAUGCAUUCGACGGCCGUAACAUUCUGAAACGGAUCCGAGAGAACAGUGCGUUGAUUGCGACGUUGUUGAAGAACAAUUCGGCUGAAGCGGACAGUUCGACCAACAAUCAUCCGCCGAAAGUCAAAGACGUGCCGAAAAAUAAGAAGAAGAACGGGCCGUUUGAGUGCACCCUCUGCGAUCGCAAAUUUAUUUACGAGUCCGGAUUGACGAGUCAUAUGGCAAAGCAUGCGUUAGAAUGUCCGCUGGAGCCGAAGCAACUGCUGAAGCAUGUGGUUAAAUGUUUGAAAUGUUCGCAAGUUCUGUGUGGUGACAACAUUGGGAAAGCAAUCGAUCAUUUCGUUAGAAAUCAUGGCUAUUCGGUUGAACCGAAUGGUAAGACUGAUGCGGAAACAGAUCUGGAACCUGUUUCCGCCGACAGUAUAUACAAGUGUGUGAUCAUCAACGCGGUCUUUCAAUGUGAAUUUUGUGAUUUUCUAUUCUGUGACGUCAACGGCCUCCUCAACCAUUCAGCUUCGCAUCAUCCGAAGCUCGGAUUCGAGUGUACAUGGUGCGAACUUAACUUCGCCACCCUGAAAGAGAUCAGUUCGCAUCGGCAGAGCGAGUGUCCGUUCCACGACAAAAACGUCAACUUUGGCCUGCAAACGUUUUACGUGUGCAACGUGUGCAACACGAAUUUCAUGUCACUGGAAUUUCUGUACGACCAUCGCAGUCAACAGAGACAUUUCUUUCCGCGCAAAGCAGACGAUUGGGGUGGAGGUCUUGCAAUCGGUUGCGAAAAGUGUGAGGUGGUCGUGGACAGUGCCGACGCAAUGACCAGCCAUGCCGAGGAACAUUAUAUGCGAAAGUCGCGUUGGCGUAAUUUCGAGGCGAACUCGGCACCGGUGGCUCCGUCCUUCCCGAAUUCGAGGAAUCGAAAGUAUUUGUGCGAAGUGUGUGGCAAAACGUACACGCAAUCGAGUCAUUUGUGGCAGCAUUUACGAUUCCAUCAAGGUAUCAAACCGUUCGUCUGCACCGAACCGAAUUGCAACCGUAAAUUCACCAUCCGUCCCGAUUUGAACGAUCACAUACGCAAAUGUCACACCGGAGAACGGCCGUAUCAUUGCCUGAUUUGCGGUAAACGAUUUUUGACCGGUUCGGUGUUUUAUCAGCAUCGGUUGAUUCAUCGGGGCGAACGUCGCUAUGGCUGUGAUCAAUGCAACAAGCGCUUUUAUCGGGCCGACGCACUGAAAAAUCAUCUUCGUAUUCACUCGGGCGAACGACCCUAUCCCUGUCCCAACUGUCCGAAGAGCUUCCGUCAGCGUGGCGACCGUGAGAAGCAUAUCAGAGCUCGGCACAACAAACACGAAAUUGAUUUGCAGCCGUCCAUGGCCAAAUUGAAGAGCACCCACAUAAUGUUGGAUGGUCCCGUGCGAAGUAAGAAAGAGUUGCUGCUGCGGAAUCAGCUGAGAAAUGCGUUGAAGAUGCAAGAGAAUGCCGUUGACGUGGGUGGCGUAUCAUUUCCGAAGAGUAUGUUCCGACCGAUUUUGGGUGACAUUGAUGCGAAUAUCAUGUGACGUCAUCGGAGAGGUUGGUUCGGGGGGUUUUUUUUUGUUGGUUGGUUUUGCGACUUUUACUUUUUACUUUUACGACAUGAUCUCUUCGUUUUGUUUUUAAUAUUUUCAUUUUAACGCGAAACUAUGUUCUUGUUUCCGCAUUUUUAAUUGUUCAAUGCUUGCAUUUUUAACCCGCUUGAAUUCGAUAUUCGACUGGAAUGAUGUCGAAAAUUUUGUUUUGUUUUAAAAAUGGAUAAAAUUUACUAGUUUUUGUCAAAAAAAAUAAUGUUUUUAUUGUAAGCGGGCGGCUGGAAUGCUCAAAAGUUUGGUUUAGACAUUUUAAAUUUCAGUUUCGUGUUUUUUUUAAACAAUAAAAUGAAGUGUAAACUUCGCCGCCAAA